GCUAUAAAAAAAAUGGAAGCAAUGAUCUGUGAAGAAUCAGCUGAUUCUGAAGAGGAAAUUCUCGUUUUCGCCGAAUUCGAGGAUACUGUGAACAUGGAAAACUAUAGAUCAAUACAUGUGCUUGGUAUUAGUGGGAAAAAUCCUAUAAUACAAUUAGAUGACACCAUAUUCACAGGACAAUUAGAAAGCCCUCUUGGAACAUACAUGUUCUUUGCUAGAGAUGUAGCUCCGCCUAGUGUUGAUCCUCUUUUUGACAAAGUGCCAAAGGAAAAUAUGAAGUAUCUUUGUAAAGCAGACAAAUACCUCAGAAUGAAGCAUACUUACAUUACUCCUAGGGAAGGUGCAGAAACGGAUGUUCGAAGUGUACCUCCAGAAGAUGAAGAUAAUUUGGUGCCAUUAAAUUUCAAGACAGUACAAGAUGCAAUAGAUACCUUUAAAAUAGAGUGGAAAUCAAAAUUACAAGAAGCUGAUGUUAAAGUGACCCCAAACCAUCCACCAUGUGAAGAUCAAGAUAUGACAGAUUAAGAUU